AUGGCAUCAUUAACGACUUGGGAAGAACCACAUAGGCCCUGGGUAAGUCUUCCUGAGGUUCUGAGCAUCACAUGGAAAAUAGCAUGGCGACACAGUCUUGUUCUCAUAAUUGAAAAUGCCAAUGUCAUGGCCCCCAUAAAUGGAAUUGGGUUUGAGCUCGGGGAAGUCGGCCGCGGGCAACGCAACUGCAUGGCUGUGGAGGCCAACAAAAAGAGCCCAACCACCCAAAGAACCUUCCACAUACUUGAGUUCCCCAUCCUCAGGGUCAUAUUUAUGAACAUCAAAAUCAACAGUCACACUCGGAAAGCCGCGUUUCGCGGUGAAGUCAUAUGGCGUAGUAGCAUCAACAUACAAACCAUCAAAGUCAAAUGA